AGGAAAUACAUCCAUUAAUAAGUGAGUGAAUUGUUAUUUCUUGUGAUGUUAAAUCAUGACCACAAAGAACAAAAAGAUCCUUAAUUAUCCGGUGGAACAAUUGCAACACGCAAUAGAAGCUGUUGGGGAAGGUAUGCCCUUAAGAAAGGCUGCCAAAGCUUUCGAAGUCCCGAAGUCCACUUUGUUUAAUAGAGUGACUGGCAAGAUUUCUGGAGAAAACCAGAUAGGAGCACCUGCAGUACUCUCUAAGCAAUUGGAAAAGGACCUGGCGGAUUGGUUAGUGGAAUGUGCUGAAAAGUGGCAUCCGAUUACUAAGGUACAAUUGCUGGACAGCGUCGAGCUCCUGUGUAAGAGAAUGAAAUUGCAGAACCUUUUCCCGGAGGGUCGUCCAGGGAAUUCGUGGUACUUGGGAUUUCUCAAGCGUCAUCCGGAAAUAAAGGAGAGGAUGGCAGAAAGCAUGACAAUUCAACGUGCAAGUGUCACACAGGAGAAGCUCAACUACUGGUUUUCCAAUGUCCAAAAAUAUUUGGAGGAGAAGAAUUUGUUGCAUAUUCAUCCCUCCAGAAUUUACAAUUGCGAUGAAUCUGGGUUUUUCCUCUCCCCAGACAACAACAAGGUUCUAGCAAAAAGGGGACAACGCGUCGUUGGGAACAUAAUCAAUAGUAAUUCUGGCAAAGAAUGUUUAACAGUUCUGUUCACUCUUUCUGCUGAUGGUGAUAUGCCUCCGCCAAUGAUUGUAUACAAAUUUAAGCGACUCCCUGGCCAAAUAGCCGAAAAGAUGCCAGAAGGUUGGGCCACUGGAAAAUCUGACAGCGGUUGGAUGACAGGCAAGCUGUUUUAUGAAUACAUUGCUAAUGUGUUCUACAAAUGGCUACUCAAGAGAAACAUAGAAUUCCCUGUGGUUCUGUACCUUGAUGGGCAUUCUUCACACUUGACAAUGGAAUUGUCCGACUUUUGCAAGGAAAAGCAAAUUGAAAUAAUUUGUCUUCCUCCGAAUGCCACUCACCUCGUCCAACCACUCGACACAGCAUUCUUUCAUCCAUUGAAAGGGAUGUUUAAACGCUGUGUUACAGAUUGGCGUCUGAGAAAUCAAGGGCAGGUAAUGAAGUCGCCGGAGUUUGGUAACGUUCUAGCAACAGCUGUUAGCAUGCUCGAUGUCAAGAAGAUAGCUACCAACGGUUUCAGGGGAUGUGGGUUGGUUCCAUUUGAUUGCACAGCACUUAAUCAAGAUAAAAUAUUGAACAACUCUAAGAGUGCAAAUCAAAUCGUCCCUUCAGGACUGGACUUCAAUCUCUUUGUGGCUGUGCUGGAAAGACGUCUUUCACCUCUUGUUCAACAGAAAUUUUUUGAAGACAGAGAAAAAUCAGAAUGGACAGGAGAUGUUGAGUACGCACAGCACUUUUAUUUCUGGCAAUACCUAAAAAAUCAGGUUGAGAUUGGGACCAUUCCAAACAUCCCAAAUAUUAGUGGCUUUGACGAAAGAUGUGAAGGCAAUCUGGACCCUCCUGAUUCUAUUAUGGGUACUGCAGGAGAGCAAAACUUUGAAAUCUUCCUACAAGAGCACCAUGAAAUUCAGACCCAGGAUGAUUCUGGCUUUGUCUCCGGAGUUUCUCAUUUUGAAAUUGAACCCACUGAAAAUGGGCAAAUAGUUUCCUUGGCGCCAGGCAGCUUUGAGAAUAACACAGAAUCCAGCACAAUAAGUACAUCAAUAAGUCACACAGAUGUAUGUAUAUAUAGAUCAGCUAAAAAGUAUCUUUAUUAUUUUAAUUUUGAUUGAUAGGAAAAAUAUUUUAUGUUAUUUUUUAGGAACCAAAAAAUGCAAAAGAUAUACUUAAGGAGUACUUCUUUUGUCCUGAAGAAAUUUCUCCAAAAGUUAAAGAGACAUCUUCUGUCAUUCCCAUCAACAUAGUGACAUCUGAGGAGUGGAGAAUAAUAAAAAAAGAAAA